AUGAGAGGUCCUGUGAUGAUCCAAGCCAUUCUCUGCAGCUUGGCCUUCGCGGUCGGAAUUGCGGCGAAGGACGACCCUGACUAUAACCCAUCUCUCAAUUUUCGACCCGACAAUGUUACUCUCAGCAACCUUUAUUACUGGGUUGGAUCGUACUAUAACGGCACUACCGACGUGGAAAUAUUGCCAUAUGCCGGAUUAGCUUCCACCUACAGCUCGUUAUGCCCCAAUCUCGCUAACACAACGGUCACCAAACAGUAUGAUACCGUGCUGGCCCUUACAGAGCCCAGUACCUACAAUGUUGGCUAUGAUCCAGUGAAUGCUUUCCUCACCCUGUGGCCCAACAACUUCAAUUUUUCGACAUUACCAACGUACUCGGGUGGGAAAUUACAACUUGAUGCGGAGCUGGAGUUUGGCCUGUUCUCAUCUGAGCCUACGUACCAAGUGGACGGCAAAGUAGACAACAACUUCAACUGGACACUCAACGCAACCAAUGGCCCACCAUAUAGUCUAUCUAGUAACCUCGCCGGUUAUGAAGGACAAGGGGAAUUUAUCUCCAACUUCACCAGUUGUAAUGACAGUGACACCAUCGCGUGGGACUUUUUCCUCGCCCCUUGGGAUAUCAAUGCUGCUGGAGGUUACCUGCCAGGCGCGGCCCUUGAUCUUCAUUUCGACGGCAAAACCGCCAACCUCUCCUUGAAUGGCUAUUUCAUUGGCUAUGAGGUAUUUAAGGAAGGUACAAGAACUAUUAGCAGUUCGAUGCUUGCAGUGGGCGAGGUUAAACUAAGGUUCUUGGGCGUUAUGGAUGCCUAUCAUUCGGAUGUCCUGGCCAAUAACACCGCUACGCCCACUUGGCUACGCACUGUGGGGUUUCAAAAUAAUUCCUUGAACGUUGGGUACACUAGUACAGCAAACAGUGUAUCAGAGGGAAGAGCGGUUUCUGCCACUAUCAUUGCAUUGACAGUAAUGAUAGGAUUUUUCUAG